CGCGCACUCAAGUCAUUUAAGCGCUUCCCUACCUCACUCAUUUGCUCCUCCAGUCCUGCCUUAAGUCUUCCAUUGGCAAUAAUCUCUCCUUUCCUCUCUCGAUCAGAAUCACAGAUUUUGGGCUCGGAAGGAAAUGACGUCGGCCAUUCGCAUCAGAUCGGGCCUUCCUCUUCUCUCCAAGCUUCUCCGUUCCGGUUCCCUCUCUUCCCAGAGACCGGAGCUUUUCCUCUCAACCUCUGAGUUCUCAAGGAAUUAUGCCACUGCCGCGGGGCAAAAGGAAGAUAAAGUUAAGGUGCCGCUAGCUUUGUUUGGGGGAUCUGGAAACUAUGCAUCUGCAUUGUACCUUGCGGCAGUUAAACAAAAUGCCUUGGACAAGGUUGAGGCUGAGCUUCGUGAUCUUGUUGAGGCUUUAAAGAAAAGUCCUACCUUUUCUGGGUUUACAAAGGACCUCUCAGUCCCAGCAGAUAUCAGAGUAAAGGCUAUCCAGGAAAUUUCUAAUCAAGCUAAAUUUUCAGAGGUGACAAAGAGUUUCUUUGUUUUGUUGGCUGACAAUGGUAGGCUAAGAUUUAUAGACAGCAUCUCUAAGAGAUUUGUGGAGUUGACCAUGGCACAUAGGGGAGAAAUGAAAGCUGUAGUGACGACUGUUAUUCCCCUUCCACCGGAAGAGGAGAAACUAGAAAGAACUGAAGGAAACACUUACCUUGUUUGUUUUUACAACUCCUCACAACUCAUCUCAUCUAAUCAUUAUAACUUUUUCAAAUUCCAACUUUUAACUUUAAUCUCAACUUAUCUCAUCUCAUCUGUGAAAACAAACGAGGUUAAAGAUAUCAUUGGACGUGGGAAGAAGGUUAAUCUGGAGCAGAAGAUUGAUUCGAGUAUUCUUGUUGGCCUGGUGGUUGAAUUCGGACAAAAGGUCUUUGAUAUGUCCAUCAAAACCAGGGUUCGGCAGAUGGAAAGGUUCUUGAGGGAGCCCGUAAACUUUGGCAGCCUGUGAAAUGUGUUUUUGAGAUUCCGUGGAUGUCUGAAUUAGAAGGAAAAGUUAUUUUCAUUUUUGAUUUUGGUUCUUGUAAACUCAUUUAUGCAUGCAUGGUGGCAGGCCCAUCCAUUUGCAAAUAAAAA